AUGACGCCCAACACGCGCGGGGUGCCUGAGGACUUGGAGGAGGGAGAGCUAGAAGGUACUCCGGAAUGUGCCUUGCCCUGGUCCAGCGGCAAGCGGUGCAGGGCGCCUUACUUCUAUGAGGAGCUGCUGGAUGACAGCCUGGAGGUUGAGCAGCCGGAGCCAGCCCGCAAGCCGAAGAAGGCCAAGAAAGGGCGGGCCAACGACACCGGAGGCCCAGCCAGCUUGGCCCGGGUGGAGCUGCGGCCCGAGCACUCCCCAGUGACGCUGGAAGACAUUCAGCGGCUCAUCCUGUGGAUCCUGGCGGAGGAGACCAAGCCCCGAUGGUGCUCUGUCGAGAACAAGGCGCUGGUCCCCCGGGUGGUGCUCCUGCUGGCUCACGGGCUGGACGCCGAGGCCCCCCCGCCCGCGCUGGGCACCCUGCUGGGGACCCCGGUGCAGGUCCGGGCGCGGAGCGGGGUGCUGGAGCCCGGGCAGAGCGCGCACUCGCUGCUGACCCUGGCGCGGCGCGCCCCACGGGAGGGCCCCCCGCCAUUGCGGGGCCGGCCACCCACGCUUCCCGCCCCCGCCUCCUACGCCCUGACCCUGGAGCAGAUGGAGGAGAAUGGCUACCCCCUGCCGCGCCUGGCAGAGGGCGGCGGCGGCGCGAUGACCGUGCCGGCGGGCUACCUCGCGACGUGCGCGCCCGAGGCGGGCGCCGCGCCGCCACGCGAGCUGGUGGCCCUGGACUGCGAGAUGUGCCUGACGGCCGAGGGCCUGGAGCUGACGCGGGUGGUCGCGCUGGGGUCUGGGGGCGAGCUGCUGCUGGACCGCCUGGUGGCGCCGCGCAACCCGGUGCUGGACCACGUCACGCGCUUCUCCGGCAUCACGCCUGCCAUGCUGGAGGGCGUGACCACGCGCCUGGAGGAUGCGCGCGCUGAGCUGGCGCGCCUGCUGGGCCCGGACACGCUGCUGGUCGCGCACAGCGGGGAGAACGACCUGCACGCGCUCAAGGCGAGUUGUUUUGGGGGGGGUGGAGGGAUGGUCCACGCCCGGGUGAUUGACACGGCCCUGCUCUACCCCCACCCCCGGCCCCCCGCCAAGUCGGCGCUGCGUGUUCUGGCCAGCCGCUUCCUGAAGCGCACCAUCCAGAAGGAUUGCCACGACCCGGUGGAGGACGCGCGUGCUGCGCUGGACCUGGCCCUGCUCAAGUUCUCGCGCGGCCCGGACUUCGGCCUGCCCGCAUCCCCGGACGCGCGCCGGGCGCGGCUGGCCGACGCGCUGCACGCUGCAGGCAGGACCUGCACCUUUGUGGACGUGGGCGCCAGCCUGAGGCAGUUCAUGGGCGCCGCUGGCGCCGGCGUCGACGCCAGCGACGACGGCGAGGCGGCGCGGCGGCUGGCGCGCGAGGCGGGCAAGCCCGGCGUGCCGCACUUUCUUUUUGGCCAGCUGCGUGGGCUGCACGCGUCACAGGUCGCCGCGGCACGCCGCGCAGCGGGCGACGCCCGGGGCGGGGACUGCGCACGUGCCCUACGCCUGCGCCUGCGCCGCGUUGGGGAGGGGUGUGUGGGCGGUGCGCCGGAGGCGGCGGCAGACGCCCCAGGGCUGCGCUCCCUACAGAGUGCCAAGGCGACAUUUGGCUGCCUCGUCGCGCAGCGUGGAUCUGGGCUGCGUGCAGCUGCCCCACGGGCUCGCUGCCUACACAUCUCGGCCAUUGCGGCCGAGGCUCCCCCCCCCUCCAAGGUCCACGAGGGAAACGGCGCCGGCACCCGCGUCAUGAUCAUCGGCGGCGACGGGUACUGCGGUUGGGCAACGGCACUGCACCUGUCGGCGCGCGGCUACAGUGUGUGCAUUGUCGACAACCUGGUGCGCCGUACCUACGACCUGCAGCUGGGACUGGACACGUUGACGCCCAUCGCCUCCAUCCACGACCGCGUGAGGAAGUGGGCGGAGGUGUCUGGCAAGCACAUCGACCUGCAGGUCGGGGACCUCUGUGACUUUGAGUUCUUCUCCGAGACCUUCAAGUCCUUCAACCCCGAGGCCGUGGUGCACUUUGGCGAGCAGCGCUCCGCGCCCUACUCCAUGAUUGACCGCCAGCAUGCGGUGUACACCCAGCACAACAACGUGAUCGGCACCAUCAACCUGAUGUAUGCCAUCAAGGAGUUCAACCCCGACUGCCACCUGGUGAAGCUUGGCACCAUGGGCGAAUAUGGUACCCCCAACAUCGACAUUGAGGAGGGCUUCCUCACCGUCACCCACAACGGCCGGACAGACACGCUGCCUUACCCAAAGCAGGGAGGUUCCUUCUACCACCUGUCCAAAGGUGUCGUGUAUGGCCUGCGCACCGAGGAGACCACGGCAGACCCUGCCCUGAUCAACCGCUACGACUACGAUGGCAUCUUCGGGACAGCCCUGAACCGAUUUGUCGUCCAAGCCGCCGUCGGUCAUCCGCUGACUGUGUACGGCAAGGGUGGCCAGACCCGCGGCUACCUGGACAUUCGCGACACUGUCCGCUGCGUUCAGAUCGCCAUCGACAAGCCCGCCGCGCGCGGCGAGAUGCGGGUGUUCAACCAGUUCACCGAGCAGUUCAGCGUCAACGACCUGGCGCGCAUCGUCGGACAGGAGGGGAAGAAGCUGGGAAUUGACGUCGAGGUGAAGAACAUCCCGAAUCCUCGUGUGGAGGCGGAGGAGCACUACUACAAUGCCAAGUGCACCAAGCUAAGGGACCUGGGGCUGGAGCCCCACCUGCUCAGUGACAACCUUAUCGAUUCCCUCCUCUCCUUUGUGGUCGAGAACAAGGAUCGCGUCCGCAUGGAGCUGAUCAAGCCGGCGGUGGACUGGCGCAAGUCUGGCGUCAGCGACGCCACCAACCGUGCGGCCGUCGCCCCCAAGUGA